AUGGCUAUUUUUACUGGGGUACCGAAAACUUUUUCGUUGCAAGCCUUAGCUCGUGCCGAAAUUUUUGCAAAUAAGGAUGCAAUUUCCGGCGCUUUGCCUUUAUUUUGGCAAUUUAACGUUAAAGGUUUUGCUGCUUUUUUAAAUGCCAGGUUUUGGGCGUUAUUUAUAUCGGUUAUUAGCAAGUCCAAUUUUUUCGAACCCUUUAAAUUUGCCUUGCCGGAAACGGAAGAAUUUACCGCUAUAAUAGCGGUAUUUAAGCAUAAACUUAAGGAUCCAAGCUUAAAUUCGAUCGUUAAAAGCGGUCUUUUUUUAAUCGGAAUUAUUUUUAGAAAUUGCUUUUUGCGCUACAAACAUUUUGUUAGUAAUGCUUAUUUAAUCGUUAAAGCUUUAUUAAAAAAAUUCGUAAUCGUUCCUUUGCGCGGGCCAAAAAAGAAAGGGAUUUACUUGCUUAGCAAAUACGCUGUCGAACGGGGGAAAAGUAUUCCUUUGCUCCUAAAUUUUUCGUUAACUUUCUUUUCGAUUAAAACAAAUUUUAACGGGUAA